UAAAAUAAAAUAAACUCAACCACGUGCCGAAAAUAAUAAUAAUGAUAAGUUAAAGAUUUCUUUUUUUCUUGUUACACACACACAAAGUGAAUGUAGAGGGAACGAAUAGAGAAAAAAGUUUCAUUAAAUUUAUUGAUAAUACAAACAACAGUCAAAUAUAGAGGAUUGUUAAACAUUUUUUAUGAAUGCAUCACGAACUUCAUUUUUCUAUCUUUUCUCUUUUUUUUGGUCACAUCUCAAUAUUAGAACAAUAAUAAUGGUUCAAGAGUGUUAGAAAAAAUGAAAAUAUAUAUAUUUGAUUUACUACAUAUAUUACAAAGAUUAAUGAUUUUUUUUCCUGUUUUGUUUAAGAAAAAAAGAAAUCUUUAACUUAUCAUUAUUAUUAUUUUCGGCACGUGGUUGAGUUUAUUUUAUUUUAUUUUAUUUUAUUUUUUUGAAAUAAUAUAUUAUAUAGACACAUUACAAUUUAAAUACUAGUUAGAUAUUUUUUUUCUUUUGUUUUUCUUUUUUCUUUUUAUUAUAUUUAGAUUAUUAGAGAACAUCUAUUUCUUUAAUUUCUAAAAGAGGUUGACUACUGCUCCUCCUCUUUGCGUUUUUUUUUUUAUUUUUUAUUUAGACUAAUUGCAUGAUACGUUAAUGAAAUACAUAAAAGCCAUUCUAUUUUAUUUGUAUUCCUAAGUAUCUUUCUCUUCGUGAUUCAUUCAGUCGAAUGUAAUAUCUAUCUUUUAUAUAUAGAGAUAUAUUUUUUUCUUUUAGGAUGGUCGAAUCCACACGGGUGAUCAUAUAUUUCAAAUUAAUUAUUUGAGUGUACGUGGUAUGAGCUCAGAACAGGUAGCUGGAAUAUUACGAUGUCAAACAACAUCACAACAAGUUCGACUUGUUAUUGCUCGUCCUGUACGUGAUCAUUCUACAUCGCCUACAACAACAAAUAUAAAUACAAUAGAAAAUUCAUAUGAUCCUCCUGUUCUAAUACAAAAUGAUGAAAUUAAUAUAAUAAAUGAUAGUAGUAUAACACCAACAGCAAAUAAUAAUAAUAGAUAUAUAACAAAAGAUAAAAUAUUAUUACGAACAAAAAAUUUAUUAGAAGGAAAUUUAAGUUUUGAAAAAAUAUUAGAAAAUUUACGUGAACAAUGUGCACAUGAAGAUGGUACAGAAUUAUUAGAUGUUACAUUAGAAAAAGGCGAAGAUGGACUAGGAAUUACUGUGGCUGGUUAUGUUAGUCCUGAUUCAACAAAUAAUGAUGCUAUUUCUGGCAUAUUUAUACGUGAUAUAGCGGCCGAAAGUGUAUGUGCAAAAGAUGGACGAUUAUAUGUAGGAGAUCAAAUUGUUGAAGUUAAUGAACAAUCAUUAAAUGGUUUUUCAAAUGUUCAAGCAUUACAAUUAUUACGUAGUACAACAUCAUCUGUUCAAUUAAAAGUUCGACGAUAUUUAGACAAUGUUAAAAAUGAAAAAAUUAAAGAUAUGAUUGGUAAUUUCAAAUUUUUUAAUCCAUUAGAACCGACGGAACAACUUCACUUAGAAGAGAAAAUAGAAUUUCAAAGUCUAGAUGAAAUCAAUGAGCAAAUACGAAAAAAAUGGCGUAAAUUAUUGGAGGGUGAUAAUUAUGAAAUUUUGAUUGCUGAUGUGUUUAAAUCAAAUGUAAGUGGACUCGGAAUUACGCUAGAAGGUACGGUUGAUGUUGAAAAUGGUGAAGAAGUACGUCCACAUCAUUAUAUUCGAACAUUACUACGCGAUGGACCCAUUGGAAUCGACGGAACAUUAAUGCCGGGAGAUGAAUUACUUGAAGUAAAUAAUCAUGUUUUAUAUGGAAAAAAUCAUAUUCAUGUUAUUGAAGUAUUAAAACAUGUUAAAAAUCAAGUUAAAUUAAUAUGUGCAAGAAAAUAUUAUGAUGAAAAUGGUAUUGAAAAUGAUUUAAAUACAUUUACUAAAACAACAGAAUUAAUUGUUAAAGCAAAAAGUAUGGGUACAUUAGAUGAAUCAAAUGAAAAGGAUAAUGAUAAUAAUUCAAAUAAAAUAUCUUUGAAAUAUCGUCCAAAAUUACUUAAACCAAAAUCACGUUCAUUAGAAGUUAUUUCAAAUUUAGCAAUGUGGAGUAAUUCAGUGAUAAAUGUUGAUUUAAAAAAAGAUGAUUUUGGUUUGGGAUUUUCAGUAUUAGAUUACAAUGAUCCAUCAACACCAAAUCAUUCACCCGUCAUUGUUAUUCGAGCAUUAGUACCCGGUGGAGUGGCUCAAUUAGACGGUCGUAUAAUACCUGGUGAUCGUCUAUUAGCAGUAAAUGGUAUUCAACUUGAUAAUAUGGGACUGGAUGAAGCUGUUAAAAUACUAAAAAGUAUUCCACGAGGCAUUGUCAGAUUAAGUUUAUCAAAACCAUUACCAUAUCCGAAAUCAAAAGAUGAUGAAUCUAAUGAAAAUUCGACACAUACUAAUAGUAAAUCAACAACGACAACAGUAACAAAUGGUCAAGUAAGUGAACGAAAAAAUGUAAUUCUGAGAUCAUAUUUACAACUGAUAUGACUUUAAAAUUUUAGUGAAAAUAAAAAACUGGUAAAUAGCUAAAUCAUUCAUAGAAUAGACAUUGAUGCAGCUGAUGAAUUCGAUAAAAUACAUACUUUUGACUAGCUAACUUCAUAUAUCUUGAAUGAAAUGAUAAGGGAUGCUUUUAUCUUCUUAAUUUGCUUCUUUAAACAUAUUAUAUACACCAAUACUCAUUCACUUGCUUCAGAGUUAGGGAUGCACCAAAUCCUGCGACUAUGUCUCAAAGGUUGCAUAUUUUUGAUAUUUAAAACCCUAAACUUUAGCAAACUUUUGUGUCAGACAUAACCAGUUUUAUCUGUUCUAUCCGAAACU